AUGACGCCGCAACCUGACUCGUAUGGUGGCCGUGGGCCGACGUUGAAUGCGGUUCUCUGGACGGAGACUGUUGUGGCGGCCAUGUUUGUCUUUGCGCGGUGCUACACUCGACUCUUCAUUCUGCACAGCGCGGGAUGGGACGACUUCUUUCUUGUCUUGACACUCCUGUUGCUCGCAGCAUACUCGGCGUGUAUCAGUGCCGGCACUGCGUAUGGCAUUGGCCAGAAGCGCGCUGACAUUGACCCUGCCGACUAUGCGCAGGCGCACAUGUUCGAGAUUAUCGGGCAAGGCGUCUGCAUCUUCAACAUUGCCAUCAGCAGGGCGGCGGUCGCCUUCCUCCUGCUGCGCGUCGUCAACCGCCGCUGGCACAAGACCUUCAUCUGGGCCUGCAUAGGCACGAAUUCCAUCCUGGCCGUCUUUUGCACCAUUGCCGUCUUCAUCCAGUGUCUGCCUAUCCAGGCUGUCUGGAACUUUGAAGUCAAGGGCAAUUGCUGGCUGGACUUUGCCAAGAUCGGGUUGACCACGUCUGCUUAUGCCGUGUGCAUCGAUUUUGCUCUCGCCAUCAUCCCCUGCUUCAUUGUUUGGGAGCUCAACAUGAAGAUGAAGGACAAGAUCAUCACCAUCAUCGGCCUGAGCUUGGGGGUCUUUGCCGGUAUCUGCGGUAUCUUGCGCACGACUGCUCUUACGAGCUUAAAGUCGUUCGAUGAAUAUAUCUAUGACACCGUCGACAUGCUCAUCUACUCGGGCACAGAGAACUUCGUCUCGGCCCUGUGCGCCUCCAUCCCCGUCAUCCGGCCCCUCUGGAACAAGGUCGUCCACGGCUACACGACCCGCGACGGCUCCUACCCCGAGCGCAGCUACCAGCUCAGCGACCACCCCAAGAACGAGGACCUCUCCGGCAAGAUGAACUCGCGCGGCCCGGGCCCCGAGACACGCAUCUACGCCAGCGCCUUCAACCCCGACAAUGCGAGUGACGAGACGAUCCUCCGCGAGGGCAAGCACAAUGGCAGGACGACUGUGGUGGAGGGCAACGACAUCUUCUGCGAGACGGAGAUCUCGGUCAAGUCCACAAACGACAUGCACUCUUCGUCCUCGGACAGGGUCUAA